CUGCAUUUAUUACAGUGACAGGAGAGAAGCGAGAAGGUGUAUUUAAUUUACUAACAAAAUGACGCUGAAAACCCUUGUUGGAAUGAAGAUAAUGACUGAUGUCAUCAAGGCUGUGAAAAAGAAAGGAGAAUGGAAGGUGCUAGUGGUGGACCAGUUGGGUAUGAGAAUGAUCUCAGCUUGUUGUAAGAUGCAUGAAAUUGCUGCUGAGGGAAUAACAAUUGUGGAAGACAUUUUCAAGAAACGUGAACCUCUGCCAAACAUGGAAGCAAUAUAUUUAAUUACUCCAGUAGAAAAG